AUGUGCUGGAUAAACUCGGAUCAUCGACGGUACUCCCAGUUUGUAGCGUUUCGAGUUAGCGAGAUUCUCGAAAUCACUGAGAUAAAUGAAUGGCGCUGGGUGCCCACCAAGCUCAACGUAGCCGAUGACGCUACCAAAUGGACUGAUCAGCCGGAUAUGACUCCCGACAGUAGAUGGUUUAAAGGACCAGAUUUUCUUUGGCGUCCGGAGGCGGAGUGGCCACAAUCGCCGGCCAAAAGCGGUUCCACAAUCGCAGAGCUUCGCCCCAAUCUUCUGUUACACUACACGGUCCCUGAAGCAGUAAUCGAUGUGAAUAAGUUCUCCAGCUGGAAGCGACUCGUCAAUAUCGUCGGAUAUGUAUACCGCCUUCCAGCCAACUGCAAACUGAAACUCCAAGGGAAGCCGAUCGUUUCGGGUCCACCAACAACAGAAGAGCUCAAGAAGGCAGAGAGCUACCUUCAUCGCCACGCGCAACUGGAAGCAUACCAAGGAGAAGUGACCCUAUUGCGUAGGGCACAGGAAUUCCCGGAAGAACCACGCAAGCAAAUUCCAAAGAACAUCGAAAUGUACCAGCUAACGCCCGUACUCAAUCAACGGGGCGUCAUCAGGAUGAAGGGUAGAACACAGUUCUGCGACUACGUAACAGAAGACGCAAAGAAUCCUAUUGUUUUACCUCACGACCACCACCUAACCACCUUGAUCAUAGCAUACUACCACCAAAAAUACCACCACCAGAACCAUGAUACCACCAUAAAUGAAAUCCGACAGAAAUAUAAGAUUUCGCGAGUAAGAGUUUGCUACGCUAAAGUCAGAAGGCAAUGUCAACGUUGUAAAGAUGAUAACUCAGUUCCACGUCCUCCAAUCAUGGCCGAUCUCCCGCCAGCACGGCUCGCGGCAUUCUCACGUCCAUUCACGCACGUUGGGAUCGACUACUUCGGGCCAAUGGAGGUCGUCGUCGGUAGAAGAGUGGAAAAACGAUGGGGAAUGCUCGCAACCUGUUCAACCAUUCGUGAGAUACACAUUGAGCUGGUACACUCACUUAGCACGGACUCAUGCAUCAUGGCUCUACGCAGCUUUAUCGCCCGUCGCGGUUCGCCCAGGAUGAUAUACAGUGACCGUGGGACAAACUUUGUCGGCGCAAGUCGAGAACUACGGAAUGCCGAGUCCGCUAUCAACCAACAGGCGAUGAUGGCAGAGUUCGUCAGCUCCGAAACUAAAUGGUUGUUCAACCCUCCAGCUUCGCCGCACAUGGGCGGCAGUUGA